ACAUGACAUGUCAUGAAGCAAAACAGAACCGCCAAUAAACACCAAAGAAGAAGAGGAAGAAGCAAAACAAAAUAUUUUAACCACACAAUAGACUGGAAACUACCCCAGCUAGCUGACAGCUAGUUUUUGACGCUCACUUUCAAGCCAGGCAAGGCGACUGACAUGGCGAGUAACCUCGUCUCGAAGUUAUUUCGUCCCUCUGUGUUCACACAGCUGGCGUCUCUCCGGUCGGGUUGCGUGUCUCGGGGGAAGGCGGCGGCGGGCAUUAGACAUUUCUCCAGCGACCCGCCACCGGAGAACAUCAGUCGCUAUCCAGUUCCUUACAAGAAAGAGCUACCUUAUGAUAUAGUGGAGCUUAUGGAAGAGGUUGAGUCAAAGGGAGGCUUUUUGCCCAAUGUCUUCAAAGUCCUCUCCCAUAGACCAGCAGAGUUCAGAGCCUUCUUCGCUUACUACAAUGAACUAAUGAACAAAGAGUCAGGUGGAUUAACCAAGGCAGAUCGUGAGCUGAUUGUAGUGGCUACUAGUAUCCACAACAAGUGUCUUUACUGCGUGGUAUCCCACAGUGCACUGCACCGCAUCUACUCUAAGAAACCCACUCUUUCCGAUCAGGUCGUUGUUAACUAUGAGAAUGCAGAGCUGUCCCCUCGGGAGCGUGCCAUGUUGGACUUUGCGAUGGCUGUGUGUCGCUGCGACACCAUUACAGAGCAGCAUUUCCAGUCUUUGGAGGAAGUGGGCUUUGACCGUGAGGAUGCGUGGGACAUUGCUGCCAUCACUGCUUUCUUUGCCAUGUCCAACCGGCUCGCCCACCUCACAGACAUGAGACCAAACUUAGAAUUUUAUAACAUGGGCCGGUUACCACGGGACAAGAGCAAGGACAAAGGGCAGUUGAAAGGGGAGUAGCGUUACAGACAAGAUUAUCAGAUGUCGAGAUGUUUUUUUUGAGGUGCAAUUUACAGAUUUGAACGUUAACAUUGGAAUUAGUCCGUUUUUCCUGAGAUCAUAAUUUAGGUUCCACAGUUGCUUGACUGAGUCAGGGUAGGCACGGAGAACAACUAGAGACUUACAUGGGAAGGAAGCAAAAUAACUGACCUCCCUGAUAUUUUAGUACAUGCUUAAAAUCACUCCAAAGUGUUUUUGCCUGCCCUUUACUUUGAACAUAGCAGGUCAAAUUCAGGAUUCUAUGAAGUAUGUGUGCCUUUUAAAAAUGAUUCUCAUUUAGAUGACGAAGAAGCAUGAGAGAGACAGUUUGAUGGGGUAGACAUGGUUUUGUUAAUUUGUCAUUCUGUGUAACUCAUUGUGUCUGCUUAUUUACCUUGACAUUUUGAAUUUUAGGUGGCUCUGGUUGUUUACUGGAUACUUGCCAUAUGAUGGGGAAAAGUUACUUCUUUGCAGCUAGUUGUCUAUUACAUUACAUUUAAUGACACCGUUUCAUAAUUGUCUUUUAACUUCCAUGUUUGGGUUAUAAAACCUAUGGAAAAAAGAAAAUCACAUAAAACUCAGAAUCUCGAACCAGCUCUUUAUUUCCUUGUUCACCAGUUGAAAGUGCUUUGUGUUGUGAUGUGUUGCUCAGUGCAUUGUUACUGUGACUACCAGGAAGAGUGUAAAUAACUUGCUGGCAUUGUUCACAGCAAUGUAAGCGAGUGUUGUGAAGUAUUAAAAUGAAAACUGCUUCUCUAAGCCUUCCCUUUAUCUUCUAAAUAAACAAUUUUUCUUGAUAAUAUGUAA